AUGUUAUUCAAAUUUCUACUUUUGAUCAUUACUUUUCAAAAUAUUGUCUGUCUACGUGAAUCAGCAGUCAAACGAUGUGCACGAGCAGCUAAUUCUUGUCUUCUUGCGUCAGAAGCAGUAGAAGGACCUUACUACUGGAAUUCAACUGUGCGAAAUGAUAUUACAGAGAAUAGACCUGGUAUUCCAUUGCGUUUAUCAAUCACGGUAGUAGAUAUAAGAUCAUGUUUAACAAUACCCAAUGCUGUUGUUGAUUUGUGGCAUUGUGAUGGUAUAGGUCUUUAUUCACAUUAUAUUGCUGCUAGUCAAGGACAAAUGAAUGGACCCAAUGACAAUUCAACAUUUUUUCGAGGUCAACAAAUAACCAAUUCGAGAGGUAUUUCUAUCUUUAAUACUAUUUAUCCUGGUUGGUAUCGUGGUCGUGCAACACAUAUGCACGUUAAAGUACAUAUUGAUGCUAGUUUAUCGAUUAUGGAUGGUGGAGCAAUUUAUACUAAAGGUGGACACGUGUCACAUACUGGUCAAUUCUUUUUUGAUGAUAGUCUGACUGAUGCAGUAGCGACAGUUUAUCCCUAUACAACACAAACCAUUCAACGUACACUCAAUGAUGAGGAUUUUAUUUAUAGAGAGUCAAAUGGAGCAACAAUGAUUGUACCAAUCAGAUUUCUUACGAACGAGUUUACUGGUGGAAUGGCAGGUGAAAUUACAGUUGGUAUUGAUCCAACUGCUACACCCCAACCAGCUGGAGGAGGUGGUGGUGGUCCACGACCACCUGGACCACCGCCCGGUCCUCCACCAUCAUAA